GAAAGAGAGAGGGGUAACACGAAGAGAGACAGAGGUGAGAGAGCAAGGAAGAAGGGAGAGAGAAAGAGGAACAUUAGAGAGAUAAUGAGGGGAGGAUUGAGGCGGUAAAAAAUAGAGGGACACGGCGAGGAAAGAAAGAGGGAAAAACAGUGGGACGAAGUGAGAGGAGAGAAAAGGACAAGAGAGGGACGAGCACAAAGACAGAAAAAUAAAGGGAAAGAGAGAGAAACAGAAACGCCAGCAACUAAUUGAGGAGAGAGAGGUCUGUAUACUCCAUACAGGGUUAAGUCUCAAUCCUCCUGUUCACAAUGGCCUUUCUCUGCAGAAUGAAUCGCUGCUUUAAGGACAGCUGGUUCCUCCUGGUCAUUUCUGUGCUGUUGGCGACAGUAGUUUCACACCCUCAGUGCCUGGAUUUCAAGCCACCGUUCAAACCCGCUGAGGCCCUGUCGUUCUGCUCAGCCUACUCCAGUUUCGGUUGUUGUGAUGCUCGCACAGACUCCACUCUGGCCCAACGAUACCAGCACAUCCUCAGCUACCUCCACCAUUCAGGAGUCUCUGUGUGCGCCAAGUAUAUCCAGGAGCUGCUGUGUCAGAAAUGUUCCCCUUACGCAGCGCACCUGUACGACGCGGAAGAUGCUAACACCCCUGUGCGGGUUUUGCCGGGGCUCUGCGGUGAUUACUGCACCGAAUUCUGGAAACGCUGCCGAUCUACCCUCAGCCUCCUCACUGGGGACGUGCAGAUGAUGGAGCUGGAGUCAGAUCGGGGGAAGUUCUGCGGUUACCUGGAGCUCCAGGACCCUGAUUACUGCUACCCCAACGUCCUGUCCAGCGAACGGCUCCAGGCCAACCUGGGGACAGUGCAGGCUGAUGCUGAGGGAUGCCUCCAGCUGUGCCUAAAGGAGGUGGCCAACCAACUCCGGAACCCAGUGGCCAUGCUCCACGCCAGCGAUGGAACCCACCGCUUCUUCGUGGCUGAGCAAGUGGGCCUGGUCUGGGUCUAUCUGGCCAACGGGUCGAAGGUCAACCGGCCCUUCCUCAACCUGACUGAGGCAGUCCUGACCUCGCCCUGGCUGGGGGACGAGAGGGGCUUCCUGGGCCUGGCUUUUCACCCCAGGUUCAAGCGGAACGGCAAAGUCUACGUCUACUACUCCAUCUUCUCGAAAAAGGCCGAGAGAGUCCGCAUCAGCGAGUUCAAACUGCUGCCCAGCAACAUGAACGCACUGGAUCACGCCUCAGAAAGGGUGAUUCUGGAGGUGGUGGAACCUGCUUCAAAUCAUAACGGAGGACAGAUACUGUUUGGAAAUGAUGGAUAUCUUUAUAUUUUCACUGGCGAUGGUGGGGGAGCUGGUGAUCCAUUUGGGAAGUUUGGAAACGCACAGAAUAAGUCGUCCCUGUUGGGGAAGGUGUUGCGUAUUGACGUUAACCACAACGACGCUGGGCCCCCAUACCGGAUCCCGGCCGACAAUCCAUUUGUGCGGGAGAGGGCGGCGCGCCCCGAGGUCUACGCCUACGGAGUGAGGAACAUGUGGAGGUGCUCGGUGGACCGGGGCGACGCAGUAACCGGAGCGGGAAGGGGGCGCCUCUUCUGUGGCGAUGUGGGCCAGAACAAGUUUGAGGAGGUGGACAUUAUCCAGAGAGGGGGGAACUACGGCUGGAGAGCGAGGGAGGGAUUCUCCUGCUAUGACAAGAAACUCUGCUCCAACUCGUCUCUCAAUGACAUCCUGCCAAUAUUCGCAUAUCCCCACAGGCUAGGCAGGUCUGUGACCGGUGGCUAUAUCUAUAGAGGUUGCGAGAUGCCCAAUCUGAACGGACUCUACAUCUUCGGAGAUUUCAUGAGCGGGCGCCUCAUGUCUCUGAAAGAGGACACUCGCUCUGGUCGCUGGAAUUACCAGGAGAUCUGCAUGGGCCGUGGGCAAGUGUGCAACUUCCCCAAACUCAUCAAUAACUACUAUCAGUACAUCAUCUCCUUUGCUGAGGACGAGGCAGGUAACCUUCCUCAGUCUCCAACGGCGUCUGGCUUAACCCAAGAUGGGUUUCAUUUUGGUUUCCUUUUCUGA